GAGUUUAAUUAGCAAGCAGAUAUAACACAGUGCCAAAAACGUGAUCCACUUUGCCUCUCCUUUAUGAAAGGGUUUUAAAGUAUCCACCGAGAAGCCACUUUUUCCACAUCUCUGGGUUCACAUCCUCCGGAGUGUGUCGUCUGCGGCUGGACGUGUGCUCCUUUGCGCUCUCACACACCGAGUUUCCAUGGAGGCAGGUUCGUCCCUCAGCCUCAAACGAAGAUAUGAAGAGGUGGACAACAGCUCUCCAUUCUCUACACCUAAGGAUUCCGACGAUGACGUUACCAGCAGUGACAGCGCUGACAGCUGUGACAGCCUCAACCCCCCCUCCAGCACUGCAUUUACCCGUAAGGAACAACCGGAGACACUCGCUAAAGCCACCUCCAUCCUCAGACAGCACAAGCCGUCACCGGGGGGGAAACGGGUACGUUUCGAUGUGGUGACGGUGUAUUACUUUCCCCGGCGGCAGGGGUUCACCAGCGUGCCCAGCCAAGGCGGCAGCUCUCUGGGCAUGGCCCGCCACCACUCCUCCAUCAGACACUACACGCUGGGCGAGUUCGCCCGAGAGCAGGAAACGAGCCACCGGCACACUUUACGCCAGCACCUGCGCCAAGAGAAGCUCAAUGCCCGCAAGAUGAAGCUGACGAGGAACGGCACGGUGGAGUGCGCUCAGGCAGACCUGCUGACUCUGGAGGACGUAUCGGAUGAGGACCUGGACGUGGACGAGGUGGAGGUGGACGACUGCUUCUUUCUUCAGCCGCUGCCCACAAAGCGCCGGCGAGCCCUCCUGCGAGCGUCCGGCAUCGCCCGCAUCGAUGCGCGGGAGAAAGCGGAGCUCCGAACCAUCCGCCUCUCGCGGGAGGAAUGCGGCUGCGACUGCCGCUUGUACUGCGACCCGCGCCACUGCGUCUGCAGCCAGGCCGGGAUUAAGUGCCAGGUGGACCGAAUGUCGUUCCCAUGUGGCUGCUCUCGGGAUGGCUGCGGCAACAUGGCGGGCCGCAUCGAGUUCAACCCUCUACGCGUCCGGACUCACUACCUGCACACCAUCAUGAAGCUGGACCUGGAGAAGAGGAGGGUGCUGAUACAAGGGGCCGGGGACCAGUACGCUGAAUCCGACCACAUGUCCUCCCCCUCCUCCACUUGCCCCACGUCUCCGGACCUGUCCUCCGUCGCCUGCCUGGACUCUGAGCUGGAGGAGAGCGAGGCGCAGACGGCGGUGGAGGUCCAGGAUCUCCUGGCGGAGCAGGACAUCCUCGAGCGGGAGAACGAGACCGCCGUGCUGCACCUGCAGAGCGCCGAGGAGCAGGAGAGGCGGGAGCGCGAGGAGGCGGAAGGGGAGGCGGUGCAGCAGGAGCUGGGCGCAGAGCAGCCUCUCUGCCUCCUGCCCGGGCAGCCGGAGGUCCCGGGGGUGGAGCAGGUCCUCCUGCAGGGGCCGUUCCCCACGGGGGCCACGGUGCUCUGCAUCACCGAAAACCAGGAGGAGAGCCCCUCGGCCCUCCUCAAAGACUCCACUUCUCUGCUCUACUACCAGCUGGGCCCCAUACAGUCGGGAGCCUUCGAGAGCCUCCACAGAGCGCAGGAGGCGGAACAGGAGUAGCACUCUCUGGGAGAACAGGGUUCAGGAGGAGGCCAAAGGAAAGAAGAAAAAGAGGAAGAAGAGGAAGGAGGGGGAGGAGGAGAGGAGUCAAAAGAUCAUAAGCCUGGGGAGAUCCCCUGCAGGCCUACUUUGGGCAAAUCUUUAACUAAUGUGAUCCUGUGCUCGGAGGGAGACAUGGGGGUAGCAGGGGAGAGGCCCUCCAGUCCCCUGCAGUGCCAACGGGAGGCGUGCCCGGACGAGGGAGUCGCUCCACCGCCCCCCCAAGUUUAGCUCUGGCUUCUCUGCAGAUAUUUUGCACAAUAGCUUCAUCUAAGAUGAAAAGAAAUUACACAUUUCACAUUUAUCACUGCUAUUAUCAAGAAUUAUUACAGGUGGCAAUCUCUUGUAGUGACUGGCGUUGAAUUAUGUGGAGAAUAAGAAGUGAGUAUUACGAUACCUGAGGGAGGGGGGGUGGGAUGCUGAAAGCACAUACAGACUACUCCCUACAAGUAAUAUGGACUCUGUUACAAGGAAACAUUGUGCGUAAUACAGUUUGGGGGUGAGGCCUUAAUGGAAAAACAUUUAAAAAAUACACUUGUGUGUAGGAGUCAACGGUCGAUGGGAAAGUGCACAGCAGGUGGGGACUUGUUCAUUCCCAGCGUAGCGAACAUGAAACGCAAUGUGUGAAUGCUGACAUAAGCCUUUGGUUCGGUGAUGAUAAAAAAUCCAUCAAUGCUAAACACAAAUUGUUUUGCAGCGAGCCUGAAGCUUAUGAGUUUAGACACCUACUUGCUCACUUUCCCUUACAGCAGCCUGUGCUGUAGUCAAGCCAAAUAAAGGCCUCCGAUAGCAUCCUCCGCUGAAAAUAGACCUAAUUAUCCUGGAAAUACUUGUUUUUGUGUACUGUAUAUGCAUUUGCAAUGUGCAAGACAGAGCCAAGGUUGCUGCUUUUUCUUUCUUUUUUUUUUUUUUUUGAAACCGUACGCACAUUGUUAUACCGAGGGCGAGUGCUAACGAAGGAAAACCAACGCAGGGCAGCAGACCAACACUGUACUCAUUGCUCUUGCUCACCUCGCGCUGCUCGUGCAAAUGCAGUUGAUUUGUCAACAAAAACUCUAGUUUACCUGUCGUUCCAAUGCCUAUGAUAUUACUUAUCAUUUCCGUGAUUAACGUUAAUUUUGUGAAUUAGAUACUGUUGGUUUGAAGUCCAGAGUCUUUGUUUUCUUUAGUUUUUUUGGAGUGAAGGAGAUCUUUUUCUACUGCUAUACUGUAACUCCAUGCAGUCAGUCAUGUGACAGAUCUCCUCCAGGCCUCUCCUCUUUUAAUGAAUCAUAACACAUUAUGCGAGUCAAACUGCAUAUGAAGAAUAUAGCAUUGAAAGAGUCAAAGAAAGUAGUUCUACAAAAUGAUGUGAUCUUACUAACUUGAAACAGAUUGACAACCUGACUUUGUAUAUUUUAUGGUGUGUGUGUGUGUGUGUGUGUCUACAUUAGCGUAUCUAUGUGAGAGAGGGAGUUUUGUAUGCAUCCGUGUGUGCAUGUACAUGUGUAUGUACUGUAUUAUGAAAAUGUGGAGGGGGAGUAUAUUAGUGAGGAAACAUAUUUUAUUCCGGAAAGGUGCUGAUGUUACAUAUUUACAAUAACUUGUUUUUUUUUUUGUCUUUCAUUCUCUCCACCGUCAUGAGAAAUAUGAUUUCACAGAGAUGUUCCUGGAUGACUGAUGUUUGGAAGUAAAACGUGUCGCAGAGCCUCUCGUAGAAGCGCAAUAGCUACCGCGCUGCACAUGAUUCCUUUUGUCAUUGAGUAUGUAAAUGCAAUCGUAUAACAUCGCUUGUCUUUAAAAGUCUUUUUCAAGCGACGUCUGAUUAAUACUGAUCUGCGUAAGCGUGCCGACUCUUCUUACACAAAAUCAGUCCUUUGUUUGGUCGCCUACAAUUACAUCUGUCGCCGAACACAGGAUGUGCUGCCGUGUACGAGAUGUCUGAUGUGUUUCUUUGCCUUUUUUUUGUAUUGUCUUAAUAUAAAUCCGCUUAAGAGUUGCACCAAAGCAGUGGUUUCAACCCUAAUUAGACGACGCUUUCGACCAUCAGAUUGAAAAAA